AUGGAGGUGGAGAAACAUGAUGCUUUACAGUUCAGCAACCAUGGCUUUACCUUUAAGAAGCUGACAAUUUAUCCAAAAGACAGAUUGGUGGAGGAGUCCAAGUCUGGAAAUGUGCCAAAUCAUUUACUGGAAACCAAGAUCUUUACCACAAUACAGAGAAACAAAGUGAUUGAAGCUGUCCCGGCCAUAUUGCAUUUUGGAGGUUAUGAGCUUGGAAAACAUCAUCAACAGAUACUGAAAUUGGUCAAUGUUUCUUCAACAAUGACAAAUGUUCACAUCCUACCUCCUCAGACAAAGUACUUCCAAGUCAGAUAUAUAAAGAAGAAUCAUCUAGUUCCUGGAAUGUCAUUUAAUGUUACCGUCAAUUUCUGUCCAAACGAAUGGCGAUAUUAUUAUGACAGUAUUCGUAUUCAUUGUAAGGAUGAUGAUGCUCUACUUGUUCCCUUGCAUGCUUAUCCAGUUGCAAAUAUAGUGGAAUUUCCCACUUACUUAACUGUAGGUGAUGUCCCUCUUGGGCAAAGCAAGGAAAUCAACAUCCCUUUGCGAUGCAGCUGUCCAGUUGAUUUUGAAUUCCAGAUCAGUUUUCUUCAAUCUCAUCGUGCAUUCACAAUUCAGCCAACAGCAGGAAUAAUACCAGCUAAUGGACAAGUUGACAUUGUUGUCAAAUACACCCCCCUUGAUCGUGCUACAGCUCAAAUUGGGAUACAACUUUUCAUCUCACAAUUUAACUCCAAACCUUACACCUGUACGAUCAUUGGCACUUCUUCUCCAAGGCUUGGCUUUAGGUCUCAAGAUAAAGAUGAAAAAUUUAAAGUUACUUUCACAAAGAAGUUAUUGGAUCCUGAAAGUCUCUCACCAAUGCAAAUUUCAAGAAAAAAGCGACAUCAGAAAAUGUUACAAGAUCAGAGCUCUGGAAAAGAGAAGAGCAUCAAACCAGUUGAUUUAUUCAAUCCACAUGCUGUAGCUAUUGUAUUAAAUGAGCAACCUGGCAAACUCCGAAUUAAAGAUCUACGAAACGUCUUGACUAAUGUUCAAGGAGGAUCAAAAAGCCGACAGGCAAAAGCAGCAAUGUUCAAUCAAAAGGUCAAAAAAGAUGUUAUGAUGGAACAAGCUAACCAAUUACGAUGGCAGACACACCUUGGUAGAGAUCCAAUCUCUCCUGAGGCUAUGCAGUUGAUUCUGGAAAAUAGGCAGAUAGCAGAAGAGGAAUACAAGAUACAUUUGGAUGUUCCUGUGCCAGAAAAAGAAUGUGAAAGGCAUGACACGAAGGUUUCGUUAAAGCGUGUUCUACGUAGCAUUGGACAGCUUCCAAGCCCUGUCCCUGAAUUUGACCCUUAUUCGAAUAAUCCCUGGCAAGUUCGACAUAGGGCUCUCAAACACUUUCAGCAAGCUGCACGAAAGAUUAUUAUACAGUGCAGGGUAAACCAUAGACUGAUUUUGCUGCAAAAACUUGUCAAAAACUUGAAAAGACGACAUGAAAGUAAGCUUUCUUUAAAAGAGAGCAGCCUACUUUCCAUUGGCAGGACAGCUCAGGAAAGUGAAGAUAGAUAUUAUUUUGAAAUAGGAGACAUUCAGCCUUUUACGUUCCCUUAUUACGUUUCCCCUGAUUGGAAGGAUGAAUUAGCUGCUGAUGCACUUGGUCCUGUGUCCGUCAGGCCUUCAGAAGUGGUGAUCGAUCAAGUUGUACCAUUCUUCAAUCUAAAGGUAUAUCAACGUUAUAAACAAAUGGAAUAUGAACCAUACUCUACACAAUAUGUUUCAUCCAGUUAUCUUCCAUUAACAUUGUCGAGACCCCUGAGAUCGGGAGCAGAGGAUGAAUUGUACUUAAUACUACCAACCAAGAAAACAGACGCUGGAACUGAAGCAUCUAUGGAUGAGCUACAUGAGAAACAUCAUCAUGUUGAAAGCAAAGCGAAACACAUCACAACAAAAACUUCUAUCUUAUCCUUAAAGCCCCCUCAAGGAUUAAUCAAACAACCUGAGUAUCAUCCAUUAUACGUGUUUAAUGCUGCUCCUGAUCUCUGUGCAAAUAAAAGGCCUUUCUCAUUUGCUGAAACAGACACGGAGUAUCACCUUUGUCCUCUACCAAGGUAUCAAACAACCAACAAAAACGGAACAAAUGUUUCCAGCACACAGAAGAAAUUUCUUGACCGUGAUGAAAUAAUCAAAGGUGUAAUGACGUGGAAGAAGUUUCCUUCUGCUGCACUUUUGUCAUUAUCCAACAGUGACUUUCUAACAAGUACAUGGGUGCCACGAUGGUUUGAUGUAUUCCCAUCCGAUAUGCUUCCUGUUAAUGCUCCGACACAAUUGGAUGGGCUGCCAAUUGAGGAUAGAGAAAACAUAGCCAUGGAAAGGUAUCUUACUAUUGCAUUGCUUAGUCAGCAGCUUUUCAUAUACACAAGUUCUGAAGAAGUUGGCCUAACACCAGAAAUGUUGGAAGCUGAAUUCACAAUGAUUGAAAGUCCAGUACAAUUACCAGAGAGUCCAAAGGAUGAAACAGCAAAAGACGAUGGAUGUCAGCUUGUACCAUAUCUUGUGUAA